AUGUCGACUACAUCAAAAUCUUCGCCGUCGUCAUAUGUUACUGUAAGAGAUAUAUUUUUAUGGAGGAGAAAGAAGUUGAGUUUAUCGGUCCUUUUAGUGUCAACAGCUGCAUGGGUGUUGCUUGAUGUUUAUCAAUUCAAAUUCAUCACUGUUGCUUCGUGGGCUGCAAUGUUUGUUGUUACUUCACUGUUCGUUUAUGGCAACUUGGUCAGGUUUUUCCGCAAAGAAGAGCCAGAUUUGUCCGGUUUGGAGAUUUCAGAGCAGACAGCUAUUGAGACUGCACUCUCCGUUCGACAAUCAAUAGAAGAGUCAAUUCGGUGGAUGUUCCAUGUGAGUACAGGGAGAGAACUGUUUGUCUUUGCUCGUGUAGUCGCUGCUCUGUGGUUGCUCUCUUAUGUGGGAAGCUUCUUUGAUUCUCUAACACUUCUUCACAUAGGAAUAGUGGCGGGCAUGACUAUUCCUGUGAUUUAUGUAAAGAACGAGGAUACGAUAAAGAUGUUUGAAGAGAGGAUGAGGAUGCAAGCGAGAAGAUUUUAUGAUAUGAUGGACGAGAGGGUUGUCAAGCGAAUAAAGAAUCAGGUAGUUAAAGUUAAAGAGAAGAAGGUUGAGUAG